GCCACAUUGAAAUUGUAAACACAGUUCACUCGUUCACCAAGGAGUAAAAUAUAUGCAAAAAGGCAAAUUUCUAACUGAGGAAAAUAUUCUACUGUGGAAGUCACCAUGGAUGAAACUGAGACUCAACUCGAACCACAGGAACCAGAAAGUGACAAUCUUUCUGUAAACUCCACUGCAUCUGUGAAGAAGGCAAAGUUACCUCUUCCUAAUUUCCCUAUGCUAAAGACCCAACGUGAAACUGGACUUCAUGAGAGUACAAGGUUGUGUCUGGAGCAGAUCAGAGACGCCAUGUUGCACCACAGAUGGGAGGAGGCUGCAGAGUACAUGGAAUUUUUCCAACAAAUAUUAGAGGACAGUACUCAUAAUCAUGAAGCGCAGUAUAAAGAGCAAAUUUGGAGAAUGGGCAUUGAGAUUCUUCACCAUCACCCAAACUCAAAACAGGAGGACUAUAACACUGUUUAUGAACGAAUUAAACACACAGGAGUAAAGCAGUUCUUGAAGUUGUGUUUGGAGCAGUCUUUUCACCUGCUUAUCAAUGGUCAAAUUCAAGAGGCCAAAAACAUGCUGACUAUUGCGGAGAGUUGGAGACAUGGAAAGGAGACCGCAAUUCAGAUGAAAAGAACUAAACUGAUCCAGGCCUAUAGGAGUCUACUGGACUAUGUCAUCUGGUGUGAGAAGGAAGAGGGCUCUAACGAAGAUUUGGCACAAAAUGUUAAGAUUCAAUCCAUGCACAAAUGUUUCCAACAUGCUUCAACGAAUAUGAAAGAGAUUUUUAAAUUCCCUGGUGUCUGGGAUCCCUUUAUAUUGAGCUAUGUGGAGAUGUUGGAGUUUUACGAUGACGAGAAGGAGGCUCUGAGGAUUCUGAAAGAGUAUGCCUAUAACAACGCGUUCCCUCCAAAUCCCAACGCACACGUUUAUCUGUACCAGUAUCUGAAGAGGCACAACGAGCCAAACAAGAAGCUCCUCAAAGUGCUCAAAACCCUUCAGUCCUUAGUCCCAAGCCAUACACUGAUGACUGACUACUGCUCCCUUCUGCUUCAGUUAGGUAAAACUAAAAAGGCUUUGGAAGUCACUGUGGAUAUGCUGGACUACGCUUGCUGGAGGAACAACCUGGAGAUCUGGAAGACUCUUACAUCAAUAAUUGAAAAACUACAGUCAGAAGAGGACUUUAAAGACACUGUAUCAAAAGUGAUGUCUGGGAGGAUGGACUGGUGGCCCGCCCUGCACUUCACCACUUUCCACGCUGCCCAGGACCAGAGAGAGAACCUGGAGCUGUGGAGACUCAAGGCCCCCCUGGCCAAAGUGCUGUGCCCGGAUAUGACUCUGAGGUACUGUGAGGGAGCCAUGUAAGAGCCCAGUGCAAACUACAGAGAUGGACUACAGAUCUGGAAGAAUAUCUAUGACCAAUCCCAAAUAUGAUGUGUUUGAAAGAGUGAAGAUGAUUGUACCAUAAGAAGAGGCCUUAAACCUGCUCAGACACAGGGUGGGAGAACAUGCAAACUUUACCCAAAAGCCCCACACAACCUGGGGAAAGGGCUAAGUGUGCGAACCACUGCACAGACUACUUUUAUUUUAUAAUUAUAUAAUUUUCAGGACACGGUUCAGGGACUAUGUCUCUCGGCUGGCCUGGGAACGCCUUGGGGUCUCACUGGAGGAGCUGAAGGACAUGUCUGGGGUGAGGGAAGUCUGGGAGUCACAGCUUAGACU